AUGUUCACCCUCUCUCUCCUGAGCAGAGGACAUGGGAAGUUGGUCCAGAACAAACAAAAGCUGGAGGUCUAUUUUGAACCAGAGGACUAUUUAAACUGGAAGUCCCCAGAAGACUACAUCCUUGUCAGCGAAGCCCAGAAUGGGAAAAGUGCCAGGCAGCACUCCUGGAGCCUCUUUCUUCCUAAGACCUUCAGCACAAGAAAGGGGGCACUGAUUCUCUAUUCAGAAGGGCUAGCUGUGUCAUCAUGGACACCCAGGGGAAGGAGAAAAGGUCCCAGGAAGAAGCCGGACCUUGAGUUGCACACACUUCGAGACCUCAAAGAAGCCAUCUUGGCAUAUGGAAGGAGAAAGAGGAAACAGGACAGAGCCUGGCAACCUUACCUCUACUUCCGAAGCAAGCCAGAGAGUCAGACCCAACGGCAGAUCCAGCCUGGGUAUUCAGCCAAGAGAUACCUCCGAGGCCUUCUGCGGACAUGGCCCCCUGACACCAUGUACAGACUCCAGUGUGCAGGACACAUCAAGGAUUCUGUGCUGCUCCGGAACAGUCACCUUGGGAUACCCAAGAAUCUCAGGCCACAACAGGAUCUUUCAGGUGUACCCCCAAAAUACCAUUUCCUGCCUGUCAUCCCUUCAUUUUGGAUUCAACAGAGAUCGCCCUAUCCACAAGGAGCUCUCAGAGCCCGCAUCCACAGUGACGCACCUCCUCCAACAAGGCUACACCUCAUAAUUGUGCCAUUUCCCAUGGCCGAGUGUGUUCAGACCACCAGAGACACACUGAAAGCAAGCCGCCUCCGUGUCCACGCUUCAGAGCAAAGUCACAAUGGAAAGAAUCAGCAAACCUCCAGGAAGUUCCUUGGGCGUGCCUCAUUCAGUCACCCUCAGCUUCCUAGUGACAAAUCCCUCUUCACAUUCUACUGUGGAGCCUUCCCAGGUAGAAAGGCAGGUCUCAACGACAAACAAGGUAACAUGAAACUCCACAAGGCCAGAGGCGGCUGCUUGUCACAGGAGCCUCCUGUUGAAAGACGCCUUUUCCCUCCUAUAGCGUCUGUCAUUGGCUCAGAACAAAAUACCUAUGGGGAAACAAAGAAAAAGAAGGCACCAAGGGCUCUGAAAUUGCCUCCUGUUUCAGAAGAACCACCCAGAGUCCUGAAACCCCUGAGGAGCCUAUUUAAAGGCAAUGAACCCCCAAAGGAGCUCUUCAUUAUCCCGAUGGAGAUUCAUUUUCAUGCCCCACAAUCCUCAAAAGAAAAGGCCAGCAGAAGAGGUGCUCAGCACCCCGAGUCAGAACCAGAAGAAGCCACACCUUUAUGGCAGCCUUCCAUGACACAACUGUACUUAGGAAGGCCAAGGGACAUAACGGUGCAUCUCCCAGUGGACAGCAGCCAGGACACACCCUCACCUCAAGAAGAUGGUGAUAUCCUGGCCCAGAGUGUGACUCAACCCCUGGGUCUCCUACCCCCAAUUAAAGGAAAGAAAAGUCCAGAGAUGCAGAGAGACAUGGACAGAACCAGGACAUCAGGCUUCAAUAGUCCCACAGGUCGCCUGAAUGAGAGGGCACCACCAGUAGGACCAGAAGACUCCAGAGAUCCUACACCGAAACACUUCUUGCUGAGUCCAGAUGGUGAAAACGUCUACCUGACCCUCCCAGGGCUCAUGGGAGCAGAGGCGCUUCCACUGGGACAAGCAAACACUGGAGUCAGAGCCAGUCUUCAUGGGAAUCUUUAUGAAACCUCCUCACGUUUGGCUCAAGCAGCAGAGAGUCAGGAACGUGGAGAUGAACUUGACUCUCAUGAAAAACCAGGAGGACCCCUCAGAGGAAAUGCCGAAGACAGCCAAGACCCAGAACCAAGGAACGCGACCCUUGCCCCCCUCAGUACUAACCUGGCUGAGUACAACCAGCCCUCUGAGGCCGAUACCUUAAAGAACAUGGACAGAAAUUACAAUGUGCACCACCCGCACGGAGGGCCUCUAGAACAUGAGCCUGCAUGCCCAAGAACAUUGGGUUCUGAGACAAUAUCUCUUCUUCCAAGAAAAAAGAAAAGGAGACCAAAACUGUUGAAACAGAAGACUCUAGUUGCCAUCAAUCACGGAAGGGAUUUGGUUGACAAAGCUAAGAGGAAGAAAAGAACCAAGAUACACCAGGCCAAAGCUUCCAAGAAAGAGAGGGAAGGAAGGAGCGUGGGGCAAGCAGACACUGCUGGAGGAAAGCCAAAGCAUUCAAAAACUAAAAAGAAAUCAGAGCUAACUCCAAAAGAAAAGAAUCUGGGAACCAAAAUGAAAAGGACGCAUAAAGAGAGGAAUGUGGAGAUGGCAGCAGGGCUGAGCAAGUCAGACAUCACCAAUUCCAAGGAAGUGGGCGGCACCUCACAUCGUGGGCUCCUCCGCUCGCACUCUGCAACUGGGCGACCCCGCUCACACUCUGCCACUGAGUGGCUUUCUCUGGAACUAGAUGGUCUGGAUAGUCAGGUUGCUGUAGAUGGAAGAUUAUCACCCACCCAGGCCACAGAUGUCACUAGUCACAUGGAAUCUGAAGAGGAGAAAAACCAUGGAGAGCCUUCCAAGACCCUCCAGGAUAAGAAGCAGCAAGAGAAGGCUUCUCGGGACAGAAUUCGAAUAGAAAAGGCAGAGAUGAGGUGGCUGGAGGUGGAGAGGAGGAGAAGGGAACAGGAGGAACUGACUCGGCUCCAUCAGGAGCAGCUGGAAAAAGCAGAGAAGAUGAAGGAGGAGCUGGAGCUGGAGCAGAGAAGACGCACUGAGGAGAUCCGCCUGAGAAAGCAGAGACUGGAGGAAGAACGGCAGCAGCAGGAGGAAGCAGAGAGAAAACGGAGGCUCCAGUUGCAGGCAGCCCGGGAGAGAGCCCGGCAGCAGCAAGAGGAGCUCCGCAGGAAACUGCAAGAAAUCCAGAGAAAAAAGCAGCAAGAGGAGGCGGAGAGGGCUGAGGCAGAGAAGCAAAGGCAGAAGGAACUGGAGAUGCAGUUAGCAGAUGAACAGAAACGCCUGAUGGAGAUGGCUGAGGAAGAACGGCUGGAGUACCAGAGGCAGAAACAAGCAGCAGAAGAGAAAGCUAGGCAGGAGGCUGAGGAAAGGAGGAAACAGGAAGAGGAAGCAGCAAAGCUAGCUCUGGAAGAAGCCACAAAACUAGCCCAGGAGCAAAUAAGGCAGAAAGCUGCUUUGGAGAAACACCUUCAUUUUCAUCAAGAACUCUCUAAAGAAGCCAGUGGUCUACAGUGGACACAGAACAUUUCCAGACCAUGGGUCUACUCCUAUUUCCAGUCCCUACAAAUCCCCAAGCCAUAA